UCCCCGGUUUACUAAAGGUGACCGUGCUCACUCCUCAUUACUUAACGUCUUCAGAUUGAGCGGCGGCGGGAAGACGAGCAUUGCCGCAGAUCUGCCCCGGUGCUCCGGACACACUGCUGUGUCUGCUGGAAAGAAAUCUCACAGUGCUGCCGGAGGGGUGUGUGUACUCUGUGUGUGUAUGUGUGUGUAGGCUAUAUGUGUGUGUUGACAUCUAGUGCCGGAGUGCCGGGAGAAUGUAUGCGCUGCUUCAUGCGCCAACCUCCACUCUUCAUAUAAAGUCUCCACACAUACAGGCGGGUUUCUUUUUUUUCUUCAUCAUCGCGUUUUGGUCAUUUUGUCUCACCUUGCAGACUGACGCUUGAAUGUUGAUACAACGACGCGCAUGCGUUGCUCUCGGAAUAAUUUGUGCAGCCUAAGUUUGCAUCCCAGAGAUCUUGUGGUCAAAGUCGUCGGCAGGAUCCGAGUUAGUGAUGUGGACUACUCUGGACCGCGGAUGCUGGGGAGUCUCGUGCUUGUCCUUGCUGGCGAGUGUGGUCUGCGGGGCGCAAAGCGCUAACGAACCUAGCAACAUGUCCUAUGUAAAAGCCACCGUGGACAAGCUGCUGAAGGGCUAUGACAUCCGUCUGCGGCCUGAUUUUGGAGGCGCCCCUGUGGAUGUAGGCAUGAGCAUAGACAUCGCCAGCAUUGACAUGGUGUCUGAAGUCAACAUGGACUACACCAUCACCAUGUACUUCCAGCAGUCUUGGAGAGACAAGCGCCUCUCCUACACAGGCAUUCCUCUCAAUCUCACCCUGGACAACCGGGUGGCAGACUCGCUGUGGGUCCCUGACACCUACUUCAUUAAUGACAAGAAGUCCUUCGUACAUGGGGUGACGGUGAAGAACCGGAUGAUCAGACUGCAUCCUGAUGGAACUGUGCUCUACGGUCUCAGGAUCACCACGACAGCUGCCUGCAUGAUGGACCUGCGCAGAUACCCACUGGAUGAGCAGAACUGCACCUUGGAGAUUGAGAGCUAUGGAUACACCACUGACGACAUUGAAUUCUACUGGCAGGGAGGAAGCAAUGCAGGCUCAGUUACUGGGGUGGAGAACAUCGAACUGCCCCAGUUCGACAUCAUAGACUACCAAACGCUCUCUAAGAAAGCUGUAUUUGCCACAGGCUCUUAUCCACGUCUGUCCCUGAGCUUUAAGUUGAAGAGGAACAUUGGCUAUUUCAUCCUGCAAACCUACAUGCCCUCCACCCUGAUCACCAUCCUGUCCUGGGUCUCCUUCUGGAUCAACUAUGAUGCCUCGGCUGCCAGAGUAGCCUUAGGUAUAACUACGGUGCUGACCAUGACCACCAUCAAUACCCACCUUAGGGAGACUCUACCCAAGAUCCCCUACGUCAAGGCCAUUGACAUUUACCUUAUGGGUUGCUUUGUCUUUGUCUUUCUGGCCUUGCUGGAGUACGCCUUUGUCAACUACAUCUUCUUCGGUCGAGGUCCUCACCUGCAGAAGAAGGUUGCAGAAAAGGCUGCCAAGUCCAACAACGAGAAUAAGAGCAGACUGGAGAGCAACAAAGUGCAGGUUGAUGCCCAUGGCAACAUCCUCCUGACCAACCUAACCAGCGAGAUGAGUGGAGCAGACAUGAUGGGCGUUCUCAACGACCCUCGGGCUACCAUGUUCUCUUACGACAGCGCCAGCAUACAGUACCGCAAGCCCAUGGCCAGCCGAGACCUGUACGGACGACCGGCCAUCGACCGGCCAAUGGGCCACAAGAAGGGUCGCUUGCGGAGGAGGGCCUCGCAGCUCAAAGUGAAGAUCCCCGACCUCACGGAUGUCAACGCCAUAGACAAGUGGUCCCGUGUCAUCUUCCCAAUUGCAUUCACCUUCUUCAACUUGGUCUACUGGCUUUACUAUGUCAAUUAGGGUGGCGGCGGCGAGCCUGUGCAGAAGCACCAAUGAUAAUGGUUUGAUAGAAAAUCUACCUAGGUCUUGUACAGCGAUGAAAAUGAAGAAGCGUUCAGUCCAUUUGUACAAAUCCUGUUUUGGAAUGAGUAGUACUGGAUGUCUUUACAAUGUACAUACAAUUUAAUAUAUAAUAUAUAAAUAUAUAUAUAUAUAUAUAUAUAUAUAUAUAACAGAGGUAUAAUUUAUUAAAAAUCCUAUCACUUUUGCUGUACUCAUCCAUACAAAAUAGAUAGAUACAAAUAAUGGAAUUUAAGACACAGUAUAGGUAUGUUAUUUCUAAGUUCAAACUUGCCAAAAAGACUUUGGUGACUACGAAGAUACAGGCAAUGAUCUUUCCUUUGUUCUAUCUAUUUUUCUUACCUUCUGUUAUCUCACUUUUUGCAUGUGAAUGGAACACAACCUUUUGUUUGCUUAAGGUAAAAAAAAUAAUUAUAAAAACAAGAGAAAAGGAAUCCCAGUGCAAAACGUGUACAGGAGGUACCUAAAACCUUUUACAUGAUCUUGUGACUGAAGCUAAUCCAACUAAUUAACAGAAGGUGUCUGGUUGAAUUCUACGGAGCCCCUAAAGGAACAUGGGGAAUUAAAAAAAUGUUCUUGCUUGUCGUGAGUACAAGAUACUUUCUGGUGCGCACACAGAUAAUUUUCCCAUGUAUCUCGUGCUCACGAGAAACCAAUCUGAAGACCAGUUAGAAUAGUUGUAGUAGUAGUAGUAGUAGUAGUAGUAGUAGUAGUAGAAAGAAAAGUAUCUCAUGCUUAUGAAAGCACACCAGAAAAAGAAAAUUCCCCAUGCAUGUCCCUUUAGGGGCUCCGUAGCAUUCCAUCGUGAUAAGUUAGUCCUUAUAGUGCGUUCCAUUUGUACUCCAAGGUCGUUUUUUCCGAGGUGAAAGUUGGAAACACGCCCCCUGACCUCGGAUUUCCAAGCUCGGAACUCGGACAACCUCCGAGUAGCCCGAGCUCAAGAUCCAACAUGGAUGCCCUGUGCAUCAACAGUUGUGAAAGCUUUAGUAACAUACAGUUAAUAGCACUUCUGUCAUAUUUGUGUCUCACUAAAUCAGUCCUGUACAACUUCGAUCUGUGGACAUGUUACGUACGUUUGUAUGCACAAAAAACAGCGUAAUGCGACAAUAUUAACUGGUAUUGCUAACAAUGGCUAGAGCUAACCCCACAAUGAGAAAUCCGACUAGUAAAUGGAACGCUUUCAACUCGGGUGUGACGUCAUUCCCAGCUCCUGCUUCCGAGUUCCGAGGUAAAUGGAACGCAUUAUUUGGUUUGGUUAUAAGUUCAGUGCUUUGACUGAGCUCAUUUUUUGUGGAGUUGGGUUGAAAUCCUUCUCUGACAGCCAUCUGUGAGCUAACAAACAUGUCCGAUUGCUUUUCAUGAAUGACAUGUUUUUUUGACAAGUUUCUUUUACAUUUCUGUAACAAAAAAAAAAAAAAAAGCUUUGCAUGGUUCUACUGAGCCACUCUGUAUUAUAAUCAUUAUACUGUAUGCUUUUGAACAAUCAUUGCAUUUAAGGUAAGUACAGGACAGAUGUUAAUUGGAACUCCACUAAUUUCCAAAAAAAAAACAAACAAAUGUAGUCAAAUUUGUACCUACAAUAUUCUCACAGCGUCUGUGAGCAUGUACAAUGUAAUUUUCUUUAAAAGAAAUCAGGUAAAGAAUGACCAAUGAUGUCACCAUGCUUUCAAAAUCACAUUCAAACACUUCAAGCUCUGAUAAAACUCGCUGCUGGUGUUGAAA